ACGUGUCAAAAAUGGCGCCUUACCCGCUGGAACGAGAGCGCGAACGAGAGUAAACACCGGUCAGCGCACGUGCUCGCAAACAGUUGAUAUUGCAUACAGCUAUUCAAAAUAUUUUAUUGCUCACUGUAAAGGGCUAUCUAUUCUAAGAAAAAAAAAUCAACGAAAAAUGUUUUAUGUAAUAGGUUUGGGUCUGGGUGACGCAAAAGACGUGACAGUAAAAGGUUUGGAAAUUAUUAAAAAAUGCGAUCGAGUCUAUCUGGAAGCAUACACUUCGAUUUUGACAGUUGGGAAACAAAAACUUGAAGAAUUUUAUGGGCGCAGUGUCAUUAUAGCUGACAGGGAACUUGUUGAAAGUGGAGCAGAUGAAAUUCUGGAAAACGCAGAGCAACAAGAUGUUGCAUUCCUAGUUGUUGGUGAUCCUUUUGGUGCCACAACUCAUACUGAUCUAGUAUUAAGGGCAAAAGAAAAGAAUAUAAAAGUUCAAGUUGUUCAUAAUGCUUCUAUCAUAAAUGCUGUUGGAUGCUGUGGCCUUCAACUGUACUCUUACGGAGAAGUAGUUUCAAUACCUCUAUGGACAGAAACUUGGAAACCAGAUAGUUUUUAUGAUAAAAUUAUUGAAAAUUAUCAGAGAGGUUUGCAUACUCUUUGUCUAUUAGACAUAAAAGUCAAGGAGCCAACUCUCGAAAGUAUUUUGAAAAAGAAGAAAGUUUAUAUGCCACCCAAGUUUAUGUCAGUAGCGGAAGCAGCAGAUCAACUAUUGCAAAUUAUAGAGAAUAAGACAAAAGAAAAUGAGGACAAAUCAUCUAUUAGCUCUUCAAGUCUUGCUGUCGGACUUGCAAGAGUUGGUUCUGAUGAUCAAAAGAUAUUUGUUUGCUCAUUGUCUAAAAUGAGUAAAGUAGAUCUUGGCCCACCACUACAUUGUCUUGUUAUACCAGGACACAGCCUGCAUCCUCUUGAAUCAGAAUAUUUAUCCCAGUAUGCAGAUGACAAAGCUGAACUGGAAAAACUAAAUCAUUAGGAGACAAAGUAACAGCAAAUUUUUUUUUGUAUUCAAUGCAUAUAAAAUCAAAAUGUACUUUGAAAAAAACUUGAUGAACGUUA